AUGGCCGGGGCUCCUAUAGGGCAGUCCCUCUACAUCGGGAUGGAGGUCCUGAUCGCGGUGGCCUCAGUGAUCGGGAACGUGAUGGUGGUCUGGGCGGUGAGGAUUAAUAAAUCCCUGCGAGACACCACCUUUUGUUUCAUCGUCUCCCUGGCUCUGGCGGACAUUGCGGUGGGAGCGCUCGUCAUCCCGCUGGCCAUCACCAUCAGCAUCGGACUUGAGACGCACUUCUACAGCUGCCUGCUCGUGGCGUGCACGGUGCUGGUGCUGACGCAAAGUUCCAUCCUGGCCCUGCUGGCCAUCGCGAUUGACCGCUACCUCAGGAUCAAGAUCCCGACCAGGUACAAGCGAGUGGUGACCCCUCGGCGAGCGGGCCUGGCGGUGGUGAUGUGCUGGAUGGUGGCUUUCAUUGUGGGACUCAUGCCCAUGUUGGGCUGGAACAACCUGAGGCGCCUUCAGAACGACUCCAGCAGCCCAAACCUCAGCAUCACCUGCCAGUUCGAAAACGUCAUCAGCAUGGACUACAUGGUCUACUUUAACUUCUUCGGCUGGGUGCUUCCGCCGCUGCUGCUCAUGCUGGUCAUCUAUGCAGAGAUCUUCUUCAUGAUCCACAAGCAGCUCAACAAUAAAAAAAUCACCUCCAGUUACUCAGACCCCAACAAGUACUAUGAUAAGGAGCUGAAUCUAGCCAAAUCGCUGGUUCUGGUGCUUUUUCUCUUUGCCAUCAGUUGGCUCCCUCUUCAUAUAAUCAACUGCAUCACGCUCUUCUGCCCGCAGUGCAACAAGCCCAGUGUUCUCCUCUACAUCGCCAUUCUGCUCUCGCACGGCAACUCUGCCGUCAACCCAAUCGUCUACGCUUUCCGCAUCAAGAAGUUUCGCUCGGCCUUCCGGAGAAUAUGGCAGCAGUACUUCUGCUGCAAGGACGCGCCGCCUCUGGACUUCCAGCAAAGUGAAAGGAAAGAGACGCCCAAUCCGGUGCCGCUGCAGCCCGCGUCGCUGCAUGACUUUAAAUGUUAUCCGCCGCUUCAGCCGGGGCAGCCCUCACCCGAGCUACAGAACGACCUGAAGAUCAAAACGCCUCAGUGA